AUGGGCUUUUCAAAAACAUCGUCACCUUACGACUUCCGCUUACUUGUUUUACUUUAUACUCAGUUGUUCAGCCACAUCACCACGAUCAAGAUGCCUGACUUCCGCGGACUUAACGUUUCGGUCGUUCUCGGCCCGCGUGAGAGACCUCUCCCAGAGCUGCCCCAUCCCGAGUCUUCGUCUGUCCGUCUUUGUGGGCCUCGCCCUUAUAGCCUAAAGUCGUCUCCAAGUUCUAGCUUGCAGUCCACUCCGGAGAAAUGCAAGCCCACUACUUCGGUGUAUAUACCCUCUUCUCCAGGUGCUCAAUUUCAUAUCCGAUAUGCGAUUAACAAACCUCAAUGUAACGCCGAAUAUAUGUACUUCAACAUGGAAAUGAAUGGGCGUGCUGUAGCGUCAUGGGGCACAAAAUCCCAGAAUGUCCCUAGCCAGGUCGUGAGCCAUGCUUUGUACGAGCCUGACAACAAAUGGCAUUAUAGAGAGAGCGGUAUGACGUUUAAACGCGAGGGUGUUGAAAAGAGAUACUUCUACUUCACGCCCCGGUUCGAGGAGACCUCCGCCGCCAUGGACGGAGGUCUUAUUGAACUUCAAGUCUUCCGAUCCACGGGUAGGAGGAAGAGAUCCAUUGAGCUCACUGGUUUUCGAAGUCAGAAUGCAUAUGGCAUCACCUUUCCUACGGGCGGCCUUAUGGAGUCACCCCAGGAUUUGACUUACUAUAACUGGCUUUUGAUCGACUCCAUCAACUCUCCUUACGCCACUUUCCGCUUCUUCUACCGUAACUGGAUUCACUUGAAGGCUCUGAAUCUUGUGCCAGAGACUUAUUGCAAUGAACUUGGGGAUGCGUCAAGAAUCAAGGAGAAAACCCCUCAAAAUAAUCCCAAGAUGCCUGUUGAUGAAAUGUUCAACAACAUGGCACCCUUCAACUUCGAAUCAGACGCUGGGUCUGUAUUCGAGGGUAACAUUAAAAUGUACCACAGCGAAAGAGAGGGACUGGUUCAUUAUAAUCACGGCCCAUAUCGUAUAGCGAUGCCUCCUAGGACAAUACCGCCCCCCGCGACCCGAUCCAUACUCCCGAAACCCAGCAAGUUGGCGCGUAACAAGAAACAAGAUUUGCAUCCCCGAAGGCCUCUUCCAGUACUGCCGGCCACGGUUCCAUCACGGCGCAGUUCUUCACUGGAGUUUGCACGAGCUCCUUCCGUCACGCCGUCGUUGUUACAAUAUGUGGAUGAAUCGGGGAGCGCCGACGAGAUCGAACUUGGAGUAGCUAAAAAAGUCCUUCUGCCCUCGAUCUUCAUGAAACUGAGCGGAAAUGACACUCCGACGUAUUCAUCUUCUGUAUCUCCUACAAAACCACCAUUGUCCUUGGACUGUAAUAGGAUGUCUCCAUCUCUGCACGACUCGGACGCACUCGGAAAUUUUGGACAAGAUUGUCCAUCAAUCACCGGUAUUCAAAUUGAGCGGCAAUUCACUGAGUAUACUGAUAUGAAGUUCAGUACGAACACGUCUGGUCAUGAAAUGACCAAAUUUCCUAACAGCUUGAACAACUCAAGCAUCUUGGAAGCAGAGUGGUUCAGACGAAAACCAUCGCCGCUGCGCUGGGGGCAGCGGAGAGGGAACAUGAACAAAAGGAGUUUUCAGACAUCCGGUGGAUGGUUUGGAACCCUCCCUGAGGAUUGA